UUGCGGCGGACACGCGCGGGGCGCGCGGGUGGUCCCCGCCGCUGACUUCGCCGCGGGUCCCCGGCACCACACGGCACCACACGGCGGAAAACGACAGCCCGUUCGGAUCUCGCACCGCCAGCCGCUCCCCGGAGCUUCUGCUUUCUUUGUUCGUGCUCUUUCCGAGAGCGAGACCGCAGAGAUCAGCUGCUCACAAUGAAGGCCCCCACUGCGCUUGCACCUGGCGUCCUGGUGCUGCUGUUUACCUUGGUGCAGAGGAGCGAUGGGGAAUGUGCGGAGGCACUAGUGAAGUCUGAGAUGAACAUGAACAUGCAGUAUCAGCUUCCCAACUUCACUGCAGAAACACCCAUCCAGCACGUUGCUCUACACAGGCACCACAUUUACCUGGGGGCCACCAACUACCUUUAUGUUUUAAAUGACAAAGACCUUCAGAAGGUAGCUGAGUAUAAGACUGGACCUGUGCUGGAGCAUCCGGAUUGUCUUCCAUGUCAGGACUGCAGCAGUAAAGCCAAUUUAUCAGGAGCCAUUUGGAAAGAUAACAUCAACAUGGCUAUGCUUAUUGACACGUACUAUGAUGACCAGCUCAUUAGUUGUGGCAGUGUCAACAGAGGGACCUGCCAGCGACACGUCCUUCCACUCAGUAAUACUGCUGACAUACAGGCAAAAGUAUAUUGCAUGUUCUCACAGGCAGAUGAAGAGUCCGGCCAGUGUCCUGACUGUGUGGUGAGCGCUCUGGGAACCAAAGUCCUUCUGUCUGAAAAGAGUCGGUUCAUCAACUUCUUUGUGGGCAAUACCAUAAAUUCUUCUUACCUGCCAGAUCACUCAUUGCAUUCAAUAUCAGUGAGAAGGCUAAAAGAAACACUAGAUGGUUUUAAGUUUUUGACAGACCAGUCCUAUAUUGAUGUUUUACCUGAGUUCCGAGAUUCUUACCCCAUUAAGUACGUCCAUGCCUUUGAAAGCAGCCAUUUCAUUUACUUUCUAACUGUCCAAAAGGAAACUCUGGAUGCUCAGACUUUUCACACAAGAAUCAUCAGGUUCUGUUCUGCAGACUCUGGACUGCACUCGUACAUGGAAAUGCCUCUGGAGUGUAUUCUUACGGAAAAAAGAAGAAAAAGAUCCACAGGGCAGGAAGUGUUUAACAUCCUUCAGGCUGCAUAUGUUGGUACAGCCGGGGCCCAUCUCGCUAAGCAAAUCCGAGUGGGUCUGAAUGAUGACAUUUUAUAUGGGGUGUUUGCACAAAGCAAGCCAGAUUCUGCUGAACCAAUGAAUCGAUCUGCUGUCUGUGCAUUCCCUAUCAAAUAUGUCAAUGAAUUCUUCAAUAAGAUCGUCAACAAAAACAAUGUGAAAUGUCUGCAGCAUUUCUAUGGGCCAAAUCACGAGCACUGCUUUAAUAGGACACUGCUGAGAAAUUCAUCAGGCUGUGAAGUACGCAGUGAUGAGUAUCGAACAGAGUUUACCACAGCUUUACAGCGUGUUGAUCUAUUCUCGGGCCAAUUCAAACAGGUGCUUCUAACAUCUAUAUCAACCUUCGUUAAAGGAGACCUCACCAUUGCUAAUCUUGGGACAUCAGAGGGUCGUUUCAUGCAGGUUGUGGUUUCUCGAACAGUAUCAUCUACCCCUCAUGUGAAUUUUCGCCUGGAUUCCCAGCCUGUGUCUCCAGAAGUCAUCGUGGAGCAACCGUUAAACCAAAAUGGCUACACUCUGGUUAUCACUGGGAAAAAGAUCACAAAGAUCCCACUGAAUGGUUUGGGCUGUGGACAUUUCCAGUCCUGUAGUCAGUGUCUCUCUGCUCCAUCUUUUGUGCAGUGUGGCUGGUGCCACAAUCAAUGUGUGAGAUCAGAUGAGUGCACCAAUGGGAUAUGGACACAAGAGAUCUGUCUGCCUGCAAUCUACAAGAUUUUCCCUACUAGUGCACCCAUUGAAGGAGGGACAACGUUGACCAUAUGUGGCUGGGACUUUGGAUUCAGGAAGAAUAACAAAUUUGAUUUAAAGAAAACCAAAGUUUUUCUUGGAAAUGAGAGCUGCACCUUGACGUCAAGUGAGAGCACAACAAAUAUGUUGAAAUGCACAGUUGGUCCUUCAGUGAAUGAGCAUUUCAAUAUGUCCAUACUUGUUUCAAACAAUCGUGGAACAGCACAUAGCACCUUUUCCUAUGUAGAUCCUGUAAUAACAAGUAUUUCUCCAAAUUAUGGUCCUAAGGCUGGUGGCACUUUACUUACUUUAACUGGAAAAUACCUGAAUAGUGGAAAUUCUAGACACAUUUCAAUUGGUGGAAAAACAUGCACUUUAAAAAGUGUAUCAAGUAGUAUUCUUGAAUGUUACACACCAGCCCAGACCAUUUCAGCUGAGUUUCCUAUUAAGCUGAAAAUUGACUUAGCCAACCGAGAGACUGGCAGCUUCCAUUACCAGGAUGACCCCAUUGUCUAUGAAAUUCACCCGACCAAGUCUUUUAUUAGUGGUGGGAGCACAAUAACGGGUAUUGGAAAAAACCUGAAUUCAGUCAGCGUCCCAAGACUCGUAAUAAAUGUGCAUGAAGCGGGAAAGAACUACACAGUGGCAUGCCAACAUCGCUCUAAUUUAGAGAUAAUCUGCUGUACCACGCCUUCACUGCAACAGCUGAACCUGCAACUCCCCCUGAAGACCAAAGCCUUUUUCAUGUUGGAUGGGAUUCUUUCCAAAUACUUUGAUCUCAUUUAUGUACAUAAUCCCAUCUUCAAGCAUUUUGAAAAGCCAGUGAUGAUCUCAAUGGGCAAUGCAAAUGUGCUGGAAAUUAAGGGAAAUGAUAUUGACCCUGAAGCAGUUAAAGGUGACGUGUUAAAAGUUGGAAAUAAGAGCUGUGAGAGUGUAGAGCCACAUGAUGAAGCUGUUUUAUGCACGGUCCCCAAUGACCUGCUGAAACUGAACAGCGAGCUAAAUAUAGAGUGGAAGCAAGAAGUCUCUUCAACUCUCCUUGGAAAAGUAAUAGUUCAACCAGAUCAGAAUUUCACGGGAUUGAUUGUUAGCGUUGUCUCGGUAUCAGUAAUACUUUUAGUAUUACUUGGGCUUUUCCUGUGGCUGAAAAAGAGAAAGCAAAUUAAAGAUCUGGGCAGUGACUUAGUUCGCUAUGAUGCAAGAGUGCACACUCCUCAUUUGGAUAGGCUUGUAAGUGCCCGAAGUGUAAGUCCAACUACAGAAAUGGUUUCAAAUGAAUCUGUAGACUACCGAGCUACUUUUCCAGAAGAUCAGUUUCCUAACUCAUCUCAGAAUGGAUCAUGCAGACAAGUGCAGUAUCCUCUGACGGACUUGUCCCCCAUCCUAAAUAGUGGAGACUCUGAUAUAUCCAGUCCAUUACUACAAAAUACAGUCCACAUUGACCUCAGUGCUCUAAAUCCAGAGCUGGUGCAAGCAGUCCAGCAUGUAGUGAUUGGGCCCAGCAGCCUGAUAGUGCAUUUCAAUGAAGUCAUAGGAAGAGGACAUUUUGGUUGUGUCUAUCAUGGGACUUUGUUGGACAGUGAUGGCAAGAAAAUCCACUGUGCUGUGAAAUCCUUGAAUAGAAUCACUGACAUAGGAGAAGUUUCCCAGUUUCUGACCGAAGGAAUUAUCAUGAAAGAUUUCAGCCAUUCCAAUGUUCUCUCGCUCUUGGGCAUCUGCCUGCGGAGUGAAGGGUCCCCGCUAGUAGUCCUACCAUACAUGAAGCAUGGAGACCUUCGCAACUUCAUUCGAAAUGAGACUCACAACCCAACUGUAAAAGAUCUUAUAGGCUUUGGUCUUCAAGUAGCCAAAGGCAUGAAAUAUCUUGCAAGCAAAAAGUUUGUCCACAGAGAUUUGGCUGCAAGAAACUGUAUGUUGGAUGAAAAAUUCACUGUCAAGGUUGCUGACUUUGGUCUUGCCAGAGACAUGUAUGAUAAAGAAUACUACAGUGUACACAAUAAAACAGGUGCAAAGCUACCAGUGAAGUGGAUGGCUUUAGAAAGCCUGCAAACUCAGAAGUUCACCACCAAAUCAGAUGUGUGGUCCUUUGGCGUGCUCCUCUGGGAACUGAUGACAAGAGGAGCCCCCCCUUAUCCUGAUGUGAACACCUUUGAUAUCACGGUUUACUUGCUACAAGGCAGAAGGCUCUUACAGCCCGAAUACUGUCCAGAUCCCUUGUACGAAGUGAUGUUAAAAUGCUGGCACCCCAAAGCUGAAAUGCGCCCAUCCUUUUCCGAGCUGGUCUCCAAGAUAUCAGCCAUCUUUUCCACUUUCAUCGGGGAGCAUUACGUCCAUGUGAAUGCUACUUACGUCAAUGUAAAAUGUGUUGCUCCAUAUCCUUCUCUGUUAUCAUCACAAGAAAACAUCGAUGGUGACAUGGACACGUGAUGAACUCCACCUGCUCUUUCUGAGAAACAUCAUAGUACUAGCCCAGACAACAGUCCACAUUUUCAGCAUUUGGCCUCCAAAAGGCCACCAGACACCUUCUGCUUAUCAACAUUACACCAGUACUGGACUUUAUAUUGUUAUUUAAAUCACUGGCUUCAAGGAAUUUGUCCUCUGACAAAAAUGAGAAACAGACUUGUUUCCACAGGCCAGUGACCAUGGACAAUCCUGCAGCUAUAACAACACUCCUGUAACAUUGGAAUCCAAACUGGAAUUCUGAGUGGCAAGUUUUAAAACUCAGAGUCCCACUUGAUUUUCCAGGAGAAACUGAUGCAGUGAAUUUUACUCAUAGAAAAUUCCGAAGAGAUGGACAGACAAAGCAGCCCCAGGACCACGCCACUCCCUAAGAAUUUCACUGUUUUCAGAGCUUUUUAUUACGGAUGUUAUCAUUUCCCUGUAGGCAAACAUUCCCUUUUAAAUUGUCAUAUACACAUUCCUUUGAUUGAAAAAUAUCCAUAGGCAGUGCAGUCAAGUUUCAAAGUAGCAUGACACAAGAUGUGUUUACAAAUUAGCCAGGAUAUUUAUAUAUUGUAUGUAGAGAAUGUUAAGAAAUUUUCAUAAAAUAGCUUAGUCACAAUGAACUAUUUAGUUGUCAUUUUAAAACCAAGUGUUUGAGAAUGAUGCGAUUCUGAUGUAAUGAAUGUGGACAUUUGAAAAUUGUAUCUGUAUUUUUAUGACACCUCUGAAAAUAGACAAGUAAUUUGUGAUGAUAAAUAUUUUUAAAGGUAAGUCAGUAUGUUUUUAAAGCAAAAUACAAUUGACUAAAAGGUUCCUUGCUUCCAGUCAUGGCUCAUAUACAGAACAAAGAGAAACUCAGUGGACUGGAAAUAUUAACUUCUUUCUCAGGUGGCAGCUUCCCACUUCACAAACUGUUGGGAAAAAUCUUUUGGGGAGUCCAGUUUUACAUUAUGACUUGUUUUGCAUUAAGCGAAAUACAUUCUAAAAAUCAACAAACAGGUGAACAAGGCAAUUGAAAAUCCUCAUUAUUUCACUUGGAUGAAUAGUUAUUGUGGGCAGGACUUUUGUGAGUUUUUUUCUGUGGAAUUUGUGCUGACUACUGUAUAGUGCAUUGGCAUAGGUUACUCUAGCUGGUUUUGUCAAUGUGAAAAUUGAAAAUAUAUUUUUAUAAAAAUGUUUAUUUUUAAUGGUAUAAAAAAAUUUUGUUGGCCAUAAAAUACUGCACUGUGAACAUUUCAGAAAAGGUAUGUCAGACUCAGAUUAAUAUCAGCAUGAUUGUAAAUGGCUGUAAAUAGUAAUAAGGAAACGUACUGAUUGCUAGUACACCCCACCCUCAUUACAUCACAGGACUUGAAGCCAAGGGUUAACAGAACAAGCUACAACAAGAGUGAGUUACACUGAAACCCAAUAGUUGAGUUUGGCUAUAGUUGCAGGAAAAUGAUUGAAACCAAAAGCCCCUUGACAAUGGUGGGACUUGCCAGAAGACAAGGAAUGGUGCUGCAGAGAUACUCAGUUCAGAUAUUACUACUUCAUCUAUAGGAAGAGUAAUACUAAUUCACCAGUAUUACUAAAAAUAUCUGCUCUGCAGAGAGAAGUAACCCUGAAGAGGCCAAGAGAAUGUAUGUCAUUAAGAACAGAGAGAGCUUGUGGUAACAACCUGCCAACAGGGCUGCACACCUGUAUAUACGUACUUGAGAAAACUGCGAUGUGGAAAUCGUGUUUGCUAUUUAUGAUAUUGUCCUUAGGUUAAUGUGUCUGAAAAGAUUGUGGGAAUAAGUGAUUCUUCUAAGAAUUAAAUACUUGUCACUGCCUAUACCUGCAAUUCAGCUGAAUGGUACUUUGUAUGUUAAUAGUUGUUCUAAUAAAUCAUACAAUUAAAGUGAUGUAA